CUUCAAAUUUCCAUAACUGCAAUUCGUUUCCCUGCAAGCCUCGCAUAUCCCAUAGGGUCACUCCCGAGGCUUUGGUUUUUUUUUUCUCGGCACGACAUCCUCCUCCCGUGUGCCGAUCACUUCGUUUCUGAGGCUUUUGACAUCCAGGCAUGGUACAUGCUUUUGUGAAGACUGGGCAGUAGAAACUGGUGUUCAAUUGAAAGCAACAGAUGAAUAUGUCUCCAGCAAACAAGGCUGAUAAGAAGGCAACUGUUGAUGCUGCCGCAUGGAUGUUCAAUGUUGUCACUUCGGUUGGAAUCAUUAUGGUCAACAAAGCCUUAAUGGCUACAUAUGGAUUCAGUUUUGCGACUACGUUAACUGGUCUGCAUUUUGCCACAACAACCUUGAUGACUACUGUUCUUAGGUGGCUGGGAUACAUCCAGGGCUCCCAUCUACCAGUAUCUGAGCUUCUGAGAUUUGUUUUGUUUGCAAAUUUGUCAAUCGUUGGAAUGAACGUGAGUUUAAUGUGGAACUCUGUGGGAUUCUAUCAGAUUGCGAAGCUGAGUAUGAUCCCAGUCUCAUGUGUUCUCGAAGUUGUGUUGGACAAGAUGCGGUACUCAAGGGACACCAAGCUUAGCAUAUCAUUAGUUCUCCUUGGUGUUGCAGUCUGUACUGUUACUGAUGUGAGUGUCAAUGCCAAGGGUUUCAUUGCUGCUUUUGUUGCAGUUUGGAGCACAGCUCUGCAGCAGUAUUAUGUGCAUUUUCUUCAACGGAAGUAUUCCUUAGGCUCGUUCAACCUAUUGGGGCAUACUGCUCCAGUGCAGGCUGCAUCUCUGCUGUUAUUAGGACCCUUUCUGGACUAUUGGUUGACAAAUAAGAGAGUUGACAACUACCAAUACAGUUUAAUAUCUGUGAUGUUCAUCAUUCUGUCAUGCACAAUUGCGGUAGGAACCAACCUCAGCCAAUUCAUCUGUAUUGGAAGAUUCACUGCAGUGUCCUUCCAAGUGAUUGGGCACAUGAAGACGAUUCUCGUCCUGAUCUUAGGAUUCCUCUUCUUUGGAAAAGAAGGUCUCAAUCUACAUGUCGUUCUAGGUAUGAUCAUAGCAGUUGUGGGAAUGAUCUGGUACGGCAAUGCUUCAUCUAAGCCUGGAGGAAAGGAACGGCGUAGUCCUGCUCUCCCAAUCAACAAAUCACAAAAAACUGAUGGCUUAUCAGAGUCCACCGAGAUAGAUGGGAAGGUGUAGAGGAAAAAAAUGACCAAAAAUCAUACAUCAGCUGGUUUUAGAAGUUCCUUUACACCUCAGAAGGUCAGAUCACUCAUUUCUUAUAAAUUUUUGUCAUAAUUCUUCUUUUUCUUGUCCUUGAAUCUACUCAAGAGAAAGAACACUGUUGAAUAGGGUGAAAUAUAUAUUCCAUGAUAACCAUCAAUAGUAAUUUAUUUCCUUACACGGUUUCAAGCCUUUUGUUC